UAUAAAUACGCGGGCGAUGGAGGAUGCGCUAAAAAAUUGAAGAGCCCGCGAGAGGAAAGUGGCGAACUUGGCAAUGGGUCCCGUAUUGAUUGUCAUGCCGGCGUGAGGGAAAGUGCGCCGGAGGAGAGCGCGGGGGAAGAAAAAAAAUGUUAGCCGCGACGGACGCGGAGCAGGGCGCGAGCAACGGCGUGAUAGUGUCGCAGCUCGCGAAUACGCACACCCCGCAGGAUUUCACGGUCUCACGCCUGCUGUCCACGCCGACGCACUCCUUGGAUUGCAGCGAGACCUCUUCCACUGCUGGGAACAGAAGGCCCAGGAGAAGCCGGACGACGUUCUCGGCGCAACAGUUGGCCGCGUUGGAGAGGGUCUUCGAGAAGACGCACUAUCCGGAUGCCUUCGUCCGCGAGGAACUCGCGACUAGGGUGUCCCUGUCGGAGGCCAGAGUGCAGGUGUGGUUCCAGAACAGGCGGGCGAAGUUCCGACGGAACGAGCGGAGCUCGGCGAUGAGCCGGGGCGUCUCCGCGGGCAGGGAGAUGGAGGCCGCGCUGCCGCUGCGCCCUAUCAGGGUGUCGCAGCAUCCUCCGCAGCAUCACCCGGCUGAGAGCAGCGCGGAAUCGCCGCAGGCCGCUACCACCCAAGUGACGGCGCAGUACUCUUACGGCGACUACUGGCGCGCGACGCCGCAGCAUUACGCGGUGCAAACCGCCGCGGCCGCCGGCUGCCACGGCUUCGCCGCGAACGGCGGCCUGGCGAACGUGGGCCUGCCGCCGUACCACCAUCACCAGGCCGACCUCCACCACGGCACCCUCGACGGAGCCGCCGUGAACGGCCUGAGCGCCCUGAGGCUGCGAGCGCAUCCCUACGGCACGACGUAUCCGGCGAUGCACGCGAGCAUGUGACGCACCGUCCCCGGAAAUCGAGUCUCCGAGAGCGCGAGAACGUCACGAAUGUAACGCCUUUGAGAGUGUAACUUAGAUCGGAAGAGGCUUCUCUGAGGCCGAGAGACCGGAUUUAUUUAAAUUGCAAAAAGAUAUUUCUAUUUAAACCCAGCGAGAGAGAUGACUUGUCGAUCGACGUCGAUACGACGGUUUCGAUGUCGAUGCGACAAGCCUCUUGCAAUUUCGACGUCGAUCGACGAGUCAUUUCUGACUGGGAAAGAUACAUAUACGAAAAAAAUGACUUAAUAUAAAGAAGACUUGAGACACGUGCACGGUACGAAACCGUUUCUUGGGAAUUAUUUCUAGCUUCUCCGCAAUCCCCCGUCUCGGCACUGACCAGCAAUCGUCUCCAUUUAUAAAUUGGCGCGUCGAAGACUGGAAUACUUAUUACAGUUUUAUUAAGAGUAUAUAUACAGUAUUAUUACAGAGUGGUCCUGAAAUAGUUGGUCAAACUCAGGGAUUGGAUUGGGCUCAUCAUAAGGAUGAAAAAAGUUCCUAUAAACGUUAGUCCAAAAACGCAUCCCGCAGGUGUUACGACUCAUUUAAUUAUUAAUACCUGAUUUAAAAAAUGGAAGGCUAUGAAAGGAAAAAACUUGAUUUUUAUUUACAGUUGUUAAAAAUGUCCGCUGUUAGCGAAAACACGUGCCUUCAUCUAACCAUUGACUGUCUAACACGCUCAAAGAUUCCUAGUGUAUCUCGAGAUUGCUGUGUUUUCAAUUUUUAAGUGCUCGAACAAUAAUAGUGGAUUUUAAUUGCGACAACAGAUCACUGGAUUAAGCUACUUAUUGAACACAGUAAUUAAAAAAGCACAAAUCGUAGUACGAUCAAAACACUGCAUGUAUUUACUCUUCGAGAUUGAUAAUUAAACGAGUCGUAACUCCCGAAGGAUACGUUUUCGGACUAACGUUUAUGGGAACUUUUUUCAUCCUUUUGACGAGCCCAAUCCAAUCUCUGAUUUUGACCAACUAUUUCAGGACCACCCUGUAUAAUGACUUUCGUUUCUCGCGGAACCGAGACCCCUCGAGUUGGUCCAAUAUCAUUCUGUAGGUGACGCGAACGCGUGAAGGAUUACUUUUAUCGGAAUCUGUAUAGUGACCGGAAGGCUCGCUCGAAUCAUCCAAACCAAAGAUAAGCUUGACUGUUAAAAAUAAAUUUGAGAUCGCAGAUGAAGAUGAUCUCGCGCAGCAUCCAUCGGGCCAUGUGCAAAAGGAUAAUUCGGAUGUUCUACGGAUUAUCGCUGCGAACGUCCAAACGUUGAUCGUAUGCCUUAUAACCAACGAUAAUGAUUAGAGUAAAUUUAAGCUGUAAGUUCUCAACACACAGGGUAACAAGUAAAUAAGUCAAAGCGCUUCUUUUUCCCGUCGAUAGAGUAGUACAUUAAGUUAUAUGAGGAGAGGUGUAUUAGAACAUCGCAAUAUUUUAAAUACAGGAUAUAUACAGAAAAAAAACACCGGCAUUCUACAACUUGUGACCUUAUAUAGACAUAUGUAGACGGUAUAGAUACAAGACAACCUCGUGUGCAAUGAAACCAUUGAGCUCGGAGAACGUCUUCGGGCAUGUUUUCUCAUUGAUAUAAAUAUAAUCAGAAAAGUACACAACAUAUAGAUAUAGGUAUGUAACAAAUACAUGUAUAUAUGUACACAUGUCGAAAUAUAUAUUGGCACAGGAUUAGAAUAUA